AUGUUUACCUUCUUCAUCUUGCUCCUUGGCAUCAGCCAGAAUCAUGCCGUCAGCUUGAUUCAAAAUUUCGAGGGCUCUGUGGAUGAGCUGGGGGUCUGCCAUUGUUCUGUUGUUCUCCCAGAUUCUACAUUCCCAGCAGAUCGUUUGGAGACCUUGGAAAUAUACAACCGAAACCUGAGUAUCAGUGUCCAGCAACAAAUCACAAAGAUCCACCACUAUGAGAGUACACUGAUUAUUUACAUGGAGCGACUGGUUAACCUGACCAAACGCGUGGAGGUGAUGGAGUUGGGAGGUUUCUCAUACACUGAGCUGGAGUUUGAGCUGGUGAAGUUGGAGAUCAGAGAAAUGGAGGCUUUGAUACUGCAGCUGAAAUCUUCCAUGAAUGGCACCAAUGUUCUGGUAGAAGCUCUGUAUGUGGAGAUACGUAACAUUUCUAUCAUAGUGAACCAGCUGGAAAUCUAUGACAAGAAUAAUGUUCUAGUGAUCAGAAGGGAAAUUGCAGCCUUGCAAAAACGGUUGGAGGAAUGUGAAAAGAACCAAACAAGACCUCAUCCAAACCCUUCACUUCCUCCAGGCAAUUAUGGUACCUGUGAACAUGGAUCGAUUACAAACAUCAGUAAACCAUUUGUAGUACAACUGAAUUAUGGAGGACCCGGCUACCUAUAUGGUGGAUGGGGAGCAGAUUCAAUGGCAGGAUCUAAUCAGGAUAUUCAGUGGGUGGCUCCUCUUAGUACAGAUGCAAGGUUAAUGAAUGGUUUACACAUCUACAAUAAAUAUAAUGAUCUCCUGAUUUAUCAACAUGCCAUUGCCAGAGGCAUCAGUACAUCACAAUCUGGACAAGGUAGCGGAUUGAUUAUGUUUAAUAGCAAAAUGUACUAUAACUGCUACAACAAUCAAAACAUAUGCAGAUACAAUCCACAUGCCGCUAUAUUGGAACUCUCAGUAACUCUCCCUAAUGCUGCUUACAACAAUCGGUUCUCCUACUCGUCCUCAGCGUACCAAGACAUUGACAUGGCCGGUGAUGAAGAAGGCUUAUGGGCAAUUUAUUCUACUGAAGCAAAUGCUGGAAAUAUUGUUAUCAGUAAAAUAGAUCCCAUAUCUCUUGCAGUAAAACAGACCUGGACCACUGCCCAGUACAAGCCAGCAGUCACCAACGCAUUCAUGGUGUGUGGUGUCUUGUACGUUACUAGAGCCAUCAGCACAAGAAGAGAAGAGAUAUUUUACAUGUAUGAUACAAAAACUCAGAAGGAAGGGUGGCUGAGCAUUCCUCUGGAAAAACCAAAGGAGAAAGUGCAGAGUCUGUCCUACAAUCCCAACAAUCAUAAGCUCUACAUGUACAAUGAUGGCUACUUGGUCAACUACGACCUCUUUUUUGCACCUCCUCAAAAAGAUAAGGCUCGAAUAUAA